AUGAUUAAUCUUGCUAAGGUGCAGAAGCUUGAGGUGAACAAGGUGAUGGAGGAGUGCACAACCUGGGAGGAGACUGAUGAUGAUGGGGCAUAUAUUGACACACUAAUGAAGAAGGUAUUGGAGAUGCUUGGUGAAAUCAUUGCAACAAGUGCAGUAAUCCUCAAGACCAUUGAUCCAGUAGUACUCCAUCACAACCAUACAGCAUUAUGCAUGGAGAGGAGAGCCAUGAAGGUAGAGACAGAUGUUUCAUUCAUUGUCACAUUGUGUACUGAGUUACAGAAAGAGGUGGAUGAUGCCCUUGCACAUUCAGAGUUCUGGUAG